UCCAAUAUGGCGGCAAACGGUGUAUGAAAGGUGCGGAAUGUUUUGGUUUUGGGACGAACAAUAAAAAUAGUGAAAAAUCGACGAACCCCGAGAAAAACAUGCAAUGGCCGGCGCUGUAACGCGAUUGCCUUGCUACUAAUACUGAGUGAGAUAACGUUACGCGAGUGUUGUGUCAUUCUUGGUGUAUUUUGAAAAGUGAUUUUUUUCUGUGAGUUUUCUCGCUAAUGUGUUCGCCUGUGGUAUUAAUAUGUGACAUCAGUUUACGCGAUAGAUAUGUCUACCGAUCCUGAUAAUAAUACAUGUCCUAAUACGAGUGCUAUCCAGGUUUUUGUUGACAGUGCCCCUGAAUUAGUAGGGGAUAGUAGUGAAAAUGAAUCUGACAAAAAGAAGAAAAAAUCUCGAAAUGUGUCCUUCCCUGAUGAAGAUCAGCUAGUGACCCAGUACUUCGAGCCGGCCAAUCCUUGGCAGAAUGCCGCCUCAACCAGCAAGGCGCAGCUGGCUGCGGAAUACCUGGAGUCGUGCCGGCGGCAUGGCACGCCAGCCAUCGAUUCCGUGCUGCAGCAGAUACGGGAACUGCCCGAGACGGCGAUCGGUGGAGCGACACGUGCGCCCCGCCUCACGCUGUCCGAAUGUGUCCUGCAAGGCUCGGCGCCGGCGGACGCGUUGGAGGCUGUGCUGCGGAGGGUACAGUUCCGGCGGCUGGAGAUACACCAGGCCGUGAUCGAUGAUGAGGGAGCGGAGGCGAUAUUCGACAUGAUCGAAUACUACGAGAGCGCGAUAGUGGUCAGCAUUAACGGCGAGCGUCAGUUCGGCAUUCGGGGGUGGCAGGCCGCUUCCAGGAUGAUCAAGAAGAGCGCAGAGCUAUCCGAGCUAGAAGUGUCCGAUAGCGCGUUAGAAGCGGCGCACGCGCCGGUCCUAGCGCGCGCGCUUCGUCCGCUCACGUGCCGACUUCGCGCGUUGUGUCUGCAGCGGUGUUCAUUGUGCGGAGAGCCGCUGCUGUGUCUAGCGGUGUUCGCUGUGCUAGCGCGUGCGCUCCGUCCGCUCACGUGCCGACUUCGCGCGUUGUGUCUGCAGCGGUGUUCAUUGUGCGGAGAGCCGCUGCUGUGUCUAGUGAUAGCCCUCAAGUCGAACAGUUCAGUGCGAGAGUUGCGCCUCGGUGACAACCGCUUAGGACCGUCGGACGCCGCGCAAAUCGCCGCGUUACUCCGGCUUAAUGCCAGGAUACAGCUGUUGGACCUAUCUAAUAACCAGAUACAGGACACGGGUUUGGGCCACAUAGCGGACGCUUUGGUUGAACAGGGCGCUCAAACUCCACCGUCGGCCGCCGCGUCACCCGCGUCACCAGUCUCACCUCACAGAUGUCCGAUGACCGGCUACGAAGCGAGAGGUCUAGCAUUCUUAGUGCUAUGGAAUAACCAGCUCACGAGAAAUUGUGCGGCACACCUCAGUAAAGCAUUGCGCUCCUCGCAAUCGCUGUGCGUGCUGAACAUCGGCCGCAACGCAGUCGGCACGGAAGGCGUCCGAGCGCUGUGCGCGGGCGGCGCCCUAAUCUCUGUAGGGCUGCAGGCCGCCCGGUUGGGGCCCGACGCCGCGCCCGCCGUCGCCGAGCUCAUAGGACAGAACAACACGCUGCAGGUAAGAGAGAGAGAGAGAUAGAAUCAGAGAGAGAU